AUGGUCACCAUCACCGUGACGCUGCUCAGCGGCAAGAGCUGCUCGCUGACGCUGCGCGAAGUGCACCCUGCGUCGCUGCGACAGAGGGCUAUGGAGCUGCUGGAGGUGCAGAUCAGCCAGCUGAUCACCCAAGAUGGAAAAACAUUACGCGACGACAGUGCUGCGCUUCUGGAGGACGGCGCCGUGAUCACCGCAGUGCUGCAGCAGCCGGCGAUCGUCUCCAACGGCUCCAGCAACUGGCGCUCUGCCACCGUGGUGCGACACCUGGAUGGCACAGUCACGGCUUGGGGCAACGUUGCGUGCGGUGGGGACUUGAUUGGUGUCAAGGAAGAAUUGCGUGAGGUCCAGCAGAUCGUGGCCACCUACGCAGCCUUCGCCGCGCUGCGCGGCGACGCCCGGGUGGUGUCUUGGGGCGAAGCCGAGUCGGGCGGCGACGCGCGAGAGGUGCAGGAUCAGCUCGUGGACGUGCUGCAGAUCGUUUCGACGGGCUAUGCCUUCGCUGCGCUACGCCGUGACGGGCGCGUAGUUACGUGGGGCGCCCACGAUUAUGGAGGCGACAGCAGCAGCUGCAGCGAGCGUUUGGAGAACGUCACGGAGCUGCACGCCAGGCACGGUGCAUUCGCAGCGUUGCGAAAGGAUGGCGAGGCGGUCGUCUGGGGCAAGGCCCAUUAUGGCGGUGACUGCAGCAGCGUCACGGGCCAGUUGACAGACGUUCGAAGGAUCUGCGCUGGAUUCUUCGCCUUCACUGUCAUUAAGGCGAACAGAGAGGUCCUCACCUGGGGCAACGUCGACGUGGAAGCCUGCUGCCCAAAUCAGCUGACGCUCAGCACGGAGCUGCUGGAUCUGCAAGCCUCGCACUCGGCCUUCUGCGCGCUGCUGGUGGAUGGCACGGCUGUGACGUGGGGGGAUGAGCGUUUUGGAGGGAGUGGACCCAGUGGAAAGCUCAGUGGGCUGACAGCCAUCAAAGCGAAUGCUUAUGCCUUUGCUGCCCUCACAGCCACUGCGGAAGUGAUUGCUUGGGGAAACCCCUUCUGCGGGGGGGACUGCAGCGCUGUGCAGGAGCAGCUGCACCAGGUGCAGGAACUCUUCGCAGCUCAGUAUGCCUUCGCAGCCUUGCUGUCCCAUGGAGGUGUUGUGGCCUGGGGCGAUGCGGACAGUGGUGGUGACUGCUCCUGGCUCUCAGCAGAGCUGCAAGAUGUGCAGGAGGUUUGCUCCUCAGCUCAAGCCUUUUGCGCCCGCACGCGACACGGCCGUGUGGUCUGUUGGGGCCGGCGCGAGUUCGGUGGUGACAGCAGCGGCGUGGACGACGAUCUGUGGGAAAACAUCUCCCACAUCACGGCCUCUGAAAACGUUUUUCUGGCCAUGCGGGAUGAUGGUCGGAUCAUCACGUGGGGCAGGGAGGAUACCACGUCUUCCGUGCGUCGCGACGACGACGGCCUCCUGGGCAGUUCUACUGAGGAGUUUUACGAAAAGGAGUCUUCAAGUUCCAGCUGGAGCGAUGGCUCCUGA